GAUGGAUGGAUCGGAGAAGCUGGUUAGAUGUUUCCUCUCCUCACAGGGCCGCCAGCUACUCAUGUUCUGUCUAUCUAUUAUUAUUAAUUUAUUAUUAUCCAUCCCCUCCCGCCGACCUCAUUCCCAGUUUUCUUCUGCUGCAUUACUUACAUAUAUAUAUACAUGGAAACAUAUUAGCCCCUCCAUUCCAUCAUUGAAAUCAAUCAAUCAAUCUUAGCUUGAUGCUGUACUGGCCUUGAGGCUUGAACACAACAACAAACUAUCUACUUCCUUUAAUUUACAUUUGCAGAUUUACUCCCAUUGUCUUCCAAUAACUAGCAACACUUAUUUUCAUUUCAGUUUUGCUUCUCCAUCGUGUUUUUGAUUUGAUUUGUUUCAACUUGCAAUGCGGAUUCCUUCGCACUCGCAUCUCUCCCCUCUCUCUAUGGAUGCUACCUAAAUCCAACUUCUUCUUCUUCUUCUACAUGCACUGCAAUUAGCUAGCUAGCAUAGCCAUUCACAUUUCACUGUGAACAACAACUUACACCAUACCCUAAACCCUAAUAAUGGAAGAGACCUUUGUUCCCUUUCGUGGAGUCAAAAAUGACCUCAAAGGGAGGCUACUCUGCUAUAAACAAGACUGGACUGGUGGCUUAAGGGCUGGCUUCAGGAUUUUAGCCCCCACCACAUACAUAUUUUUUGCUUCUGCGAUCCCAGUUAUCUCCUUUGGUGAGCAGCUGGAAAGAAAUACUGAUGGGCUAAUCACAGCAGUUCAAACCUUAGCUUCCACUGCACUUUGUGGAAUUAUACAUUCUAUCAUUGGGGGCCAGCCACUACUAAUUCUUGGGGUAGCGGAACCAACUGUGCUCAUGUAUACAUUCAUGUACAACUUCGCUAAAGAUAGACCUGAUCUGGGGGGCUCAAAACUAUUUCUAGCGUGGACUGCCUGGGUCUGUGUUUGGAGUGCAAUCUUGCUGUUCCUUUUGGCUAUCCUAGGAGCUUGUUCCAUUAUUAAUAGGUUUACUCGUCUUGCUGGAGAGUUAUUUGGCCUACUAAUUGCAAUGCUUUUCAUGCAACAGGCAAUUAAAGGACUUGUUGAUGAGUUCCGCUUACCAGAACGAGAAAACCCAAAUUUAACCAAGUACCAGCCUUCAUGGAGGUUUGCCAAUGGUAUGUUUGCUUUGGUUCUUUCUUUUGGUCUUCUGCUCACUGCACUAAGGAGCCGAAAAGCAAGAUCUUGGCGAUAUGGAUCAGGUAGUCUUCGAGGAUUAAUUGCGGAUUAUGGUGUUCCAUUGAUGGUUCUCAUAUGGACAGCUGUCUCUUACAUACCCAGUCAAAGUGUUCCAAACGGAGUUCCAAGGCGGCUCUUCAGCCCAAAUCCAUGGUCAUUAGGUGCAUAUGAGAAUUGGACAGUCAUGAAGGAUAUGCUAAAUGUCCCGGUUCUUUACAUAGUUGGGGCUUUUAUUCCAGCAACUAUGGUAGCGGUGCUCUAUUACUUUGAUCACAGCGUGGCAUCACAACUUGCUCAGCAAAGUGAAUUCAACCUGAGGAAGCCAGCUUCCUAUCAUUAUGAUUUACUUCUGUUGGGUUUCAUGGUCUUGAUUUGUGGUCUCCUUGGGAUUCCGCCAUCAAAUGGUGUCAUCCCACAGUCGCCAAUGCAUACUAAAAGUUUGGCUACACUGAAGCACCAGUUGCUGCGUAAUCGACUUGUUGCAACAGCACGGAAAUGUAUGAACGAGAAUGGGAGCUUAGCACAAGUGUAUGAUCGUAUGCAAGAAGCUUAUCAACACAUGCAAACUCCACUGAAUUACCAACAACCAUCAGCUCAGGGCUUAAAAGAGCUCAAAGAUCCAACCCUCCAACCACCGUCGAACAAUGGGAAUGGGAAUACUAACGCACCAUUAGAUGAGACAGUUUUCGAUGUCGAGAAGAAUAUCGAUGAUUUAUUGCCAGUAGAAGUAAAAGAGCAACGGCUGAGUAACUUGCUGCAGUCAACAAUGGUGGGAGGAUGUGUUGCUGCCAUGCCACUUAUCAAAAUGAUUCCAACCUCAGUACUUUGGGGCUAUUUUGCAUUCAUGGCAAUUGAAAGCUUGCCAGGAAACCAAUUCUGGGAGCGGAUCUUACUACUUUGCACAGCCCCAAGCAGAAGAUACAAAGUUCUGGAGGACUAUCAUGCGACGUUCGUGGAAUCCGUGCCUUUCAAGACAAUUGCUCUUUUUACUAUUUUCCAAACUGCUUACUUACUUGUUUGCUUUGGGAUCACAUGGAUCCCCAUUGCUGGGGUUUUGUUUCCACUAAUGAUCAUGCUCCUUGUUCCUGUAAGACAAUUCCUGUUGCCCAAGUUUUUCAAAGGGGCACAUCUUCAAGAAUUAGAUGCUUCAGAAUAUGAAGAGUUGCCAGCGCUACCACUCAGCAUGACUAGAUCAGAAAGCCGGAUGUUCUCAAGAUCAGUGUCAUUUGCAGAUGAUAAGAUAGUUUCAAGAUCAGGCUCGUUUGCAGAUGAUAGGAUAUAUUCAAGAUCAGGUUCGUUUGCAGAUAAUAAGGAGAUUAUGGAUGGAAUGGUGACAAGAAGUAGGGGUGAGCUUCGACGUUUGUGCAGCAGCUGCAAUGGCACACCGGGCAGGGAUUCUGCUAGUCCAAGAGGAGGAGUCUCAGAAAAAGAAAAGAUACACAUAAACAGCCCUCGUGUGAGCGAACUAAGAGGGGAACACAGUCCUCGUUUAGGAGGAAAAGGACCAUUUAGUCCCAGGUCAGGUGAAGCAAGACGCUCAAACUUGGGAAAAAACGACCACCCCCAUUGUGAUAAAGAUGUUGAACAACCCUAAUCUAGAGUGGAACACCGAACACCAAUAUAUGCGGGUAGGUCAGGUCCGGCAUCUAUAAAAAUUAUUCCUUCAUUUUUAUUUUACCCAUGAAAAACACGAUUAAUCAUUCAAUUGUCUGAAUUAUUCUGGCAAACACUCAACUUGUAUUUUCUUCGUAUAUUACAUUCUCUUUAAUCAUUCAAUUAUUCUGUGGCUAA